CUAUUUUAUGUCCCAAAAAUACUUUCUAAGUAAAUUAAGACUGUUUUGUAGGCCCCAAAAUUCUGUUCUAUGUCCCAAAAGUCUGCGUACUGUCCCCAAAUGUCAAUGUCUACCGUCCCCUAAAUGUGAGUGAACUGUCCCCCAAAUGUCAGUGUAUACUGUCCCCCAAAUGGCUGUGUACUGUCUCUGAAAUGUCUGUGUACUGUCCCCGAAAUGUCUGUGCCCUGUCUCUGAAAUGUCUGUGUACUGUCCUCGAAGUGUCUAUGUUCUGUCCUCCAAAUGUCUUUCUACUGUCCCCGAAAUGUCUGUGCACUGUCUGUCCCCAUAAAUGUCUGUGUACUGUCUAUCCCCGAAAUGCCUGUGCACUGUCUGUUCCCAUAAAUGUCUGUGCACUGUCUGUUCCCAUAAAUGUCUGUGCACUGUCUGUUCCCAUAAAUGUCUGUGUACUGUCUGUCCCCAUAAAUGUCUGUGUACUGUCUGUCUCCGAAAUAUCUGUGUACUGUCCCCCCAAUUUCAACAAGUUCUGUUUAGAUCUACGGUUCCGAGGGUCAGGCUAGGAUAGUGGGAGGACAUGAUGCUAAGUUCUCAACUCACCCCUGGAUGGCAGCACUCAUCAAACAGAGCUUUCUCAGUAAACGGAUCAGCUGUGGCGGGGCACUUAUCAAUGAAAGGUUUAUUAUGACUGCAGCUCACUGUGUAUAUUCUACACCUAUAGAUAGCAUGAAGGUUAGACUGGGAGAAUGGAAUGUGCGCGAGCAAAGCGAGAGACUAUCUAAAUUAUUAAAUANAAGGGAAGGGGGGGGGAUUGAAAAUUACAACAAUAAUAAUGAUACUCUAUUUAGUAUUGAGAGUAAAGAGAUACAUCCUGAUUAUAAUCCUGGAACAUUUGAGAACGAUAUAGCUCUCAUCAAACUGAACAAAGAGGUGGUUUUCAAACAACAUAUUGUACCGGUUUGUUUACCUGAAAAGAAUAAGAAAUUUGUUGGUAGUAAAGCAACUGUGGUUGGUUGGGGGAGAACAGCUCAUGGACAAUCAACUACUCCCAGUAAACUACAGGUAACAAGGAGACCUUUAGUACUUACCCACGAUGGUAAGGGUACUCUGAUCGGCCUGGUUAGCUGGGGUAUAGCCUGUGCACGAGCUAAGCUACCUGGGGUCUACACAAAUAUAUCGAAUUAUAUAGGUUUAUAA